GUAUUUCCUACUUAAACGCCAUUUUGAAGACAAAGGAGAAAGAAGACGGAGUAAAAGAAGGGAAACUGAAUAAAGAACGGAGUUGGCUAAUUUGGGCCAUAACUGACCCGUUUUCCAAUCUGGUCUAAUGUGAUCCAAUAUCUUGGGGUAGGAGGCGCUGUUACUAAAAUGAGUCUCUCAGGGGAGCCAGACACCAAAGGAGGAACCCUCAGCACUGAGAGGAAGAGAGUCCAGGUAGAAAGAGCCGAGUCACCUGCACCCAGCUGUCUGUCUAUGAAGAGUAAUGAAUCAAUGUAUAGUCCAAUCUACUUCAAAGCAAGGUCUACCGGUGAUCACAGGAUAUUGCCGUCACUGGAGUUUAGCUCUUUAGAAGAGACGCGUUCAGAGAAACUAUCUUCCCCAAAAGAGUCUCUCCUGCGCACUCUGAUGAAGCUGAAGAAGGAUGAGAAGUUGAAACUGUUUCAGAGCCACCUGAGUCAGGAUUGCCCAGAAUGCUUUAAGAGUCUGUCUGAAGAUCCUUCUGUGCUGGAUAAGUUUAGGAAGAUGAAGGAAUAGUUCAAGAGUCAUCAAAUUGAUAAAAAAUGCACUGAGAGAGAGCAAGAGGAUUCUAAGGCCCUGUACAUAGUUGAGAAGAUGCUGGAGACCUGUGGCAGUGAGAAGUUUCUGAAGAUCACACUCCACAUCCUGAGGAACAUGAAGCAGAAGGAUCUCGCCGACUCACUGGAGAGAGAUGAGCAGCUCAAUGAAUCCAUAAAAAGAGCCCAGCAGGCACUGAAAACUCAUCUGAAGAAAAAGUUUGAAUGCAUAUUUGAAGGUUUAACAAAGCAGGGCCACCAAACCCUCCUCAAUGAGGUCUAUACAGAGCUCUACAUCACAGAGGGGGGAAGUGGGGGGGUCAAUAAUGAACACGAGGUCAGACAGAUUGAGACAGCAUCCAAGAGACAAACCACACAGGAGACUGCAAUCUUCUGCAAUGACAUCUUUAAGCCUUUACCUGGGCAAAAGAAAUUAAUCAGAACUGUGCUUACAAAGGGCAUCGCUGGCAUUGGGAAAACCGUCUCUGUGCAGAAGUUCAUUCUGGACUGGGCAGAAGGAAGAGCCAAUCAGGACAUUGAUUUCAUCUUCACCCUUCCUUUCCGAGAUCUGAAUUUAAAGAAAGAAAAAGCAUUCAGUCUGAUGCAGCUUCUGAAGCACUAUUUUCCACAGCUGAACGAGAUCAAAAGUGUUGAAGGUGAUAAAGUCAAAGUUUUAUUUAUCUUUGAUGGUCUGGAUGAGUGUCGACUUCCUCUAAAUUUCCAAAGCAAUAAGGACUGCUGUGAUAUAACAGAGUCAUCAUCAGUGGAUGUGCUGCUGACUAACCUCAUUAAGGGGAAUCUGCUUCCCACUGCUCUCCUCUGGAUCACUUCCCGACCAGCAGCAGCCAAUCAGAUUCCUCCUGAGUGCGUCCACGAGGUGACAGAGGUACGAGGGUUCAAUGACCCACAGAAGGAGGAAUACUUCAGGAAGAGAAUCAGAGAUCGAAACCAGGCCAGCAAAAUUAUCUCACACAUAAAGUCAUCCAGGAGUCUCUACAUCAUGUGUCACAUACCAGUCUUCUGCUGGAUUUCUGCUUCUGUUCUGGAGACAAUGCUGGGUAAAGUAUUAAAUAGAAAAAUGCCCAAAACACUGACUGAAAUGUACACACACUUUCUACUCAUUCAGACUAAUGUGAAGAAUCAGAAGUAUCGUGGCACCAAUGAGACAAACUCAAAGAAGAUAUCCGCAUCAGAUACAGAAAUCAUCCUGAAACUGGGGCAGCUGGCUUUUCUACAGCUGGAAAAGGGCAAUCUGAUAUUUUAUGAAGAGGACCUGAGAGAGAGUGUCAUUGAUGUUAGUGAAGCUUCAGUGUACUCUGGGGUGUGCACAGAGAUCUUUAAAGAGGAGUGUGGGUUAGAUCAGGAGAAGGUCUACUGCUUUGUGCAUCUGAGCAUUCAGGAGUAUCUGGCUGCCUUGUUUGUGUUUCAUUCAUGUGUAAAUGAGAACAGAAAUGUACUCAGAGCAGAAGAAUCAGAACCUGACAGUGACAGAGUGCAGCUGUCUGAGUUACACAGGAGUGCAGUGGAUCAGGCCUUAAAGAGUAAGAAUGGACACCUGGACCUUUUUCUCCGAUUCCUUCUUGGCCUCUCUCUGGACUCCAUUCAGACUCACUUAGGAGGACUGCUGACACAGACAGGAAGCAGAUCUGUUGGAGGAAGACACAAACCAAACUCUUUCUUUCAAAGACUAUGGACAUGGAUAGGAACCACAUCACCUGUACCAGACCCACAGACACAGACAGGAAGCAGAUCACCUGUACCACACACGCAGGCACAGACAGGAAGCAGAUCACCUCUGCCACACACGCAGGCACAGGCAGGAAGCAGAUCUGAUGGAGGAAGACAGAAAACAAACUCCAUGUUUUCCUUCUUUCAAAGACUAUGGAGACAGACAGGAAGCAGAUCAACUGUACCAGACACACAGACACAGACCGAAAGUGGAUCAGCGAGCAUUGAGAAAACAGUCCAGUACAUUAAGGAGAGGAUCAGAAAACAGUCUUCAACAGAGAGGACCAUCAAUCUGUUCCACUGUCUCAAUGAACUGAAUGACAACUCUCUAGUGCAGGAAAUCCAGAAUUCCCUCAGAUCAGGAAAACUUUCUGAUAAUAAAUUGGAACCAGACCAGUGUUCAGCUCUGGCCUUUGUGCUACUGAUGUCAGAGGAGAUCCUGGAUGAGUUUGACUUGAAGACCUACAACACAUCAACAGCAGGUCAUCAGAGACUGCUACCAGUAAUCAGGAACUGCAGGAAGGCCAAACUGAACAGCUGUGACCUCGCACGGAAGUCCUGUGAUAUUGUGGCCUCAGCUCUCCAGUCAUCAAACUCACCCUUGAGAGAUCUGGACCUCAGCUACAAUAACCUGGCAGAUUCAGGAGUGGAGCUGCUCUGUGCUGGACUGAGGAGUCCAAACUGUAAACUACAGAGACUGGGACUGAUCAGUUGUGACCUCACAGAGAAGUGCUGUGAUAUUGUGGCCUCAGCUCUCCAGUCAUCAAAUUCACCCCUGAGAGAUCUGGACCUCAGCUACAAUGACCUGCGAAAUUCAGGAGUGGAGCUGCUCUGCGCUGGACUGAUGAGUCCAAACUGUAAACUACAGAGACUGGCGCUGGGUUGGUGUAAACUCACAGAGGGCUGCUGUGAUGUUCUGGCCUCAGUCCUGCGUUCUCCUCACUCAGAGCUGAGAGAUCUGGAGCUCAGAGACAACGAGCUGCAGGAUUCAGGAGUGAGAGCGCUUUCUGCUGGACUGGAGGACCCACAUUGUAAACUGCAUAGAAUGGGGCUGUCAGGCUGUAGAGUCACACAGAGAGGCUGUGAUUCUCUGGCUUCAGCUCUGUGUUCAAACCCCUCAUACCUGAGAGAGCUGGACCUGAGAUACAAUCACCCAGGAGACUCAGGAGUGAGAGCGCUGUCUGGUGCUAAACUGGACUCACUCACACUGCUUAUGGACCAUGGAGGAGAGAACAGGACCAAACCAGGACCCAGGAAAUACGGCUGUCAGCUCAUACUGGAUCCAAACACAGCGAACAGAUUCCUGUCUCUGUCUGAGGGGAACAGGAAUGUGGUACAUACACCGGGGUCAAAGGAACCAUAUCCUGAUCAUCCAGAGAGAUUUGAGAACUGGCCCCAGGUUUUGUGCAGAGAGAGUGUGUGUGAGCGCUGUUACUGGGAGGCUGAGUUCAGUGUGUCUGAGGUGGGAUGGGUUUAUAUAGCAGUGACAUAUAAAGGAAUCAACAGGAAAGGAGAGGGUUCUGACUGUGUAUUUGGAUGGAAUAAAAACUCCUGGAGUCUGGAGUGCAUUAAACAAAGAUACUCUGAUAAACACAGUUACUCUGUCUGGCACAAUAAGAACCAAACACACAUACCUGCCCCCCCCUCCCCCUACCGCAGAGCAGGAUUGUGUGAUGAUGAUGAAGAUGGUGCUGGUAGAGGAGUGUGUGUGUACAGGGUAGGAGUGUGUGUGGACUGUCCGGCCGGCACUCUGUCCUUCUACAGUGUCUCUGACUCUGACACACUGAUUCUCCUGCACAGAUUCCACACACACUUCACUCAACACACACCCCUCUGUGCUGGAUUUUAUGUGUGGGAGUCCUCAGUGUCCCUCUGCUAACUGGAGUAGAGACACACACACACAUUCACACAUGCACAUGCACACACACACACAUGCACAUACACACACACGUGCGCAUACAUGUGCAUGCACACACAAAAUCAUAUACACAUACACACAUAUAUACACACACACAUUCAUAUACACAUACACACACAUACACCCACAUACACACACACACACACACUUCACUCAACACACACUCCUCUGUGCUGGAUUUAGAGUGUGUGACUCCUCAGUGUCCCUCUGCUAACUGGAGUAGAGACACACAUGCACACACUCAUAUACUCUAUCAGACACUCUUGCACACGUGCUCACAGACCUACACACACACACACACCCUCUCUCUCUCACACACUCCAUCACACACACACACUUACUCUCACACACACCCUUUCUUUCUUACAGUCAUGCACGCACACUCACAAAUACACACACUCAUGCACACGCACUCACACACCUACGCACGCGCACAUUCAUGUGCACACACACAUGCACACACACACACCUACACACAUGGAUACACGCAAUCUCUCGCACACACAAACACACACAUUCACCAGUGCACUCUCACGUACACACACACACACACACACACACACACACACACAUGCAUACACAUGCUCAUACCCGUUUGCACACACACACACACACACUCUCUCUCAUACUCAAUCAGCUAACACACACACCCUCUCUCUCUCACUCACACAAACUCACAUCCAGAUUCAAUCAAACGCACACACACACACACACACACACACAAACACGCGUGGCAACACACAUACAUUCUCAUUACCAUACGCAUGCACACACAUGUAUAAACACAUACACAAUCUCAUACCCAUACACACACACACGGACACACACACAUACUCGUCCACUCACACAUAUGCAUUCACACUGAUACACAUACAUGCAUGCACACACCAUAUACACAUGUAUACACAAACAUUACAUACCUGUACACACACACACAUAUUCACAAAGGCUCUACAACGCACCCACAUACAGACAUAUACACAUACAUACACUCAUUCUCAAUCACAGACACACACUCACAUCCACAGUCACACACACACAUUCACACAAACACACACUCACACACACGUAUAAACACACAUACACAAAUUAUCUUACCCAUACACACACACACCCGUGUGCACACACACAUACUCAUUCACAUGUACACACACACACACACAGACAUACACACAUACAUGCAUGCACAUGCACACACACAUACAUUCUCUUCCCCAUACACACACGCAACCCAGGCACACACACACACAUACUCAUGCACUCACACAUACUCACACACUCACACACAUACACAUACUCACAUCCACAGUCACUCCCACAAACAUAUGCGCACACACAUUCACAAAUACACACUGUUGGACAAGUAAGGAUUAAUUAAGAAUAUGUUUAUUUUCUGAAUCCAGCGGUUCCAACAGUCAAUACCCUUGCUAAAAUGUUCAGCACUCUGAAUAUUGAACCAAGUUAUAUUGCAUGCUAGAACCCCUCACUUAACCUACACGUAAAAUAUAUUUUAUUAGAUUUAAUUAAUUAAUUAUGUUUAAAAUUAUCAAUUAAAUUGCCAAAUUCUUUGAUAGGUCAGUGUACAGAAAACUGGUGGAAUAA